AUGCCACACGUAGUGCUGAACGAUGUCAAUAAAUUAUCACUUUUGCGAACGUUGGAAGGUGGACGAUAUCUCAGCGUAUGUUUCCGGUCGUGGGACCUGUACGAAUUUCCUCUGCUGCAAAGCACAACGAAGCAUUCGUGGGCUGUUAAAACAACGUCGCAAUUGGAAAAACCACGAUACUACGGCUACUUAAGUAAAGCUGACAACAAUACGCAAUUAUCAUUCGAAGAGGGAGAACUUAAACAGGCUAUUUCGUUGUUUCAAGAAUAUUAUCAAAUACAGGGCGAUGGUACAUUGAAUAACUAUACGUUGUAUCAGAUGCGUAAACCACGAUGUGGUCUCCCUGACAUCUACGAGUACAAUAUAGAUAGACGUAAAUGGGCGAAAACACAUCUCACGUGGAAUUUCCAGCUAGCGGAUCCACAAACCUUGCAAACUACCGAAUUCGCUGGGACACACACGUACGCUGAUCGUAGACGCAACGAAGAAAUUUGCACCUCUUCGUUAGAUGGACCUGGUGGAGUACUCGCUCACGCGUUCUAUCCUCCUACCGUUAACAAUUACAGCAGUGAAAUACACAUAGAUAGUGCAGAACCGUGGCAUAUAUAUCUAACUGACAAAUCUGCUAGUAGUAACAAGGACUAUCUGCUUAACACGUUAAUACAUGAAAUUGGACACUCAUUAGGAUUACCACACAGUUCGCGUGAAGAAUCCAUAAUGUUCGCAGUUGUCACUGCUAGAAAUAAUAAUAAAAUCGCUAAACUCAACAUAUAG